GCGUUGCGCUAUAUCCUUUACGACACUUUUAGAUGUUUUACGGCAUCGAGUAACACGGUAAUGAGUACCAUCUCGAGAGCUCUGAACCAGCCACAAUGAUUCUUCGACAGUUUACAGCAAGGAUGGCUCCUCAAGCGUGUGUUGGGGUUAGAAACUCCCCUGUUAUGCAGAGGUUAAUGGUGGAGGUGGCUCGUCACAGUUCAGACAUGGCAAAAUUUCGGGAGGUGUUCUCCAAAGCGAAGCACAUAGCCAUAAUCACAGGCUCCGGGGUCAGCGCAGAGAGUGGAGUCCCUUCGUUCAGGGGGGCGAAAAGCUACUGGAGGAAGUGGCAAGUACAGGACCUGGCCACGCCCGAGGCCUUCUCCCGGUGUCCGUCGCGGGUCUGGGAGUUCUACCACCACCGGCGGGAUCUGAUGCUGGCCAAGAAGCCGAACGCGGCGCACCUGGCCAUCGCCGAGUGCGAGGCGCGCCUGACCCGGCAGGGCCGCUCUGUCGUGGUCAUCACCCAGAACAUCGACGAGCUGCACCAGCGGGCCGGCUCCAAACACGUGCUGGAGGUCCAUGGAAACAUCUUCAAAACCCGGUGCAUUAGCUGUGGGGACGUGAAAGUGAACCACCACAACCCGAUAUGUGUGGCGUUAGAGGGAAAAGGCUCCCCUGAACCAGAUGCAAUCGAUGCCAAUAUACCAGUGGAGAACCUCCCCAGGUGCGAGGACAGCGAGUGUAACGGGCUCCUCAGGCCCAGUGUGGUGUGGUUCGGGGAGACGCUGGACUCCGACGUCCUGACGAAAGUGGAGAAGGAGCUCGACAUGUGUGACCUGUGCCUGGUGGUUGGCAACUCCUCCAUAGUCUACCCGGCGGCCAUGUUCGGCCCGCAGGUGGCGUCCAGAGGCGUCCCAGUGGCCGAGUUCAACAUGACGACCACGCCCGCCACCAGCCGCUUCACGUUCCACUUCCAGGGCCCCUGCGGGACCACCCUGCCACCCGCCCUGGCGCCCCACGAGACCGAGGUGAUCUGAGGGGCGUGAGAGGACCAAAUGCAGCGCCACCCCCCCCAACCAGUCAACCAAAGCGCAUCUCCACAUCCAUGCAGAAACCGCCAUCUCUG